CCCCUUUAAACUUCACCCUGCGCAUGCCGAUUUGCUUCGGGAAUGCCCGAGGCACCGGACGAAGCAGUCGGGUCUGGCCCUAGUCGACUCCAGCCAGGCGGGGCUCCAAGCCGAGACUCAGGCACGCCCGGCCCAAAGCUAGCCCGACACCCUCAGCUGAGUCCUCCGCCGUCCCAGCAUUCCCUGCGUCCCUACCAUCGAGAGCAGCUUCCGGCGUGGCUGGUGUAGGCGGGUGGAGAAGGAUCGGGCCCUCGCCGCUCUGUCUCAUUCCCUCGCGCUCUCUCGGGCAACAUGGCGGGUGUGGAGGAGGUAGCGGCCUCCGGGAGCCACCUGAAUGGCGACCUGGAUCCAGACGACAGGGAAGAAGGAGCUGCCUCUACGGCUGAGGAAGCAGCCAAGAAAAAAAGACGAAAGAAGAAGAAGAGCAAAGGGGCUUCUGCAGCAGGGGAACAGGAACCUGAUAAAGAAUCAGGAGCCUCAGUGGAUGAAGUAGCAAGACAGUUGGAAAGAUCAGCAUUGGAAGAUAAAGAAAGAGAUGAAGAUGAUGAAGAUGGAGAUGGUGAUGGAGAUGGAGCAACUGGAAAGAAGAAGAAAAAGAAGAAGAAGAAGAGAGGACCAAAAGUUCAAACAGACCCUCCCUCAGUUCCAAUAUGUGACCUGUAUCCUAAUGGUGUAUUUCCCAAAGGACAAGAAUGCGAAUACCCACCCACACAAGAUGGGCGAACAGCUGCUUGGAGAACUACAAGUGAAGAAAAGAAAGCAUUAGAUCAGGCAAGUGAAGAGAUUUGGAAUGAUUUUCGAGAAGCUGCAGAAGCACAUCGACAAGUUAGAAAAUACGUAAUGAGCUGGAUCAAGCCUGGAAUGACAAUGAUAGAAAUCUGUGAAAAGUUGGAAGACUGUUCACGCAAGUUAAUAAAAGAGAAUGGAUUAAAUGCAGGCCUGGCAUUUCCUACUGGAUGUUCUCUCAAUAAUUGUGCUGCCCAUUAUACUCCCAAUGCCGGUGACACAACAGUAUUACAGUAUGAUGACAUCUGUAAAAUAGACUUUGGAACACAUAUAAGUGGUAGGAUUAUUGACUGUGCUUUUACUGUCACUUUUAAUCCCAAAUAUGAUACAUUAUUAAAAGCUGUAAAAGAUGCUACUAACACUGGAAUAAAGUGUGCUGGAAUUGAUGUUCGUCUGUGUGAUGUUGGUGAGGCCAUCCAAGAAGUUAUGGAGUCCUAUGAAGUUGAAAUAGAUGGGAAGACAUAUCAAGUGAAACCAAUCCGUAAUCUAAAUGGACAUUCAAUUGGGCAAUAUAGAAUACAUGCUGGAAAAACAGUGCCGAUUGUGAAAGGAGGGGAGGCAACAAGAAUGGAGGAAGGAGAAGUAUAUGCAAUUGAAACCUUUGGUAGUACAGGAAAAGGUGUUGUUCAUGAUGAUAUGGAAUGUUCACAUUACAUGAAAAAUUUCGACGUUGGACAUGUGCCAAUAAGGCUUCCAAGAACAAAACACUUGUUAAAUGUCAUCAAUGAAAACUUUGGCACCCUUGCCUUCUGCCGCAGAUGGCUGGAUCGCUUGGGAGAAAGUAAAUACUUGAUGGCUCUGAAGAAUCUGUGUGACUUGGGCAUUGUAGAUCCAUAUCCACCAUUAUGUGACAUUAAAGGAUCAUAUACAGCGCAAUUUGAACAUACCAUCCUGUUGCGUCCAACAUGUAAAGAAGUUGUCAGCAGAGGAGAUGACUAUUAAACUUAGUCCAAAGCCACCUCAACACCUUUAUUUUCUAAGCUUUGUUGGAAAACAUUACACCAGAAUUAAUUUGCAACAUGUUGUCUGUUUUAACAGUGGACCCAUGUAAUACUUUUAUCCAUGUUUAAAAAAGAAGGAAUUUGGAGAAAGGCAAACCAUCUAAUGUAAUUAACCAAUGAAAAAGCUUUCAAGACUUUUAAAUGCUAACUGUUUUUCCCCUUCCUGUCUAGGAAAAUGCUAUAAAGUUCAAAUUAGUUAGGAAUGACUUAUACGUUUUGUUUUGAAUACCUAAGAGAUACUUUUUGGAUAUUUAUAUUGCCAUAUUCUUACUUGAAUGCUUUGAAUGACUACAUCCAGUUCUGCACCUAUACCCUCUGGUGUUGCUUUUUAACCUUCCUGGAAUCCAUUUUCUAAAAAAUAAAGACAUUUUCAGAUCUGA